AUGUCUCACCUCACAUACUUCCUAGUUCUCCCCGGAGUGGCGGCUUUGGCCGCCACCACCACCACGGAUGCCGGUCGUAACUUGCUAGAUAAGGAAAGCCCGUCUGAGUUAUUGAUGCCAAGGCCACGGCUAGACCCUAAACAUCCUUCGGGACACGGCCACCCCGAUUGCCACGUUCUCGAGGAAGGUCCGAACAAUGAGCACGAGCAAAGGCCGGAACCAGAAAAGAAGCAACCUCCGUGUGGGAGACCCCUGAGUGAACAUAAUCACGACCAUGACGACAACAGCCACGAUUGCAUUCGUCAUCGUCAUGCCAUGGAGGAUUAUCAGCAUGGUCACAGUCCGGGGCGUGGCGGCCACGAUGGCCAUGGUGGCCCCGAUCCACCGAAUUCUAACGGUGAUCAUGGCCACGCCAUCGAAGGCGGAGAGCGAAAGCCUCUAGAGGAGAAAGGACCAUCACAUCACGACCACGACCAUGACCACGGUGACAAUCAUGGCCAUCCUCCUCAUCGUCAUGCCCUAGAAGAUAAUCAUCGUGAACGUCUCGGUGAACAUGGGGGUGAUGAGCGAAAGCCUCCAGAGGAGAAAGGACCCCACGACCACGACCACGACCACGACCACGGUGGCGAUCAUGACCAUCCUCCUUAUCGUCAUCUCCUAGAGGAUGAUCAUCAUGAACGUCCUAGCGAACAUAGGGGCGAUGAGUGA